AUGUUUGGAAAUAUUCCUGGUCUAACCGGUUUAUGUAUAGCUGGAGUGUUUAGUGCAUCCCUCGGAACUUUAUCCUCUGCUGUCAAUUCAUUGGCUGGUGUCACCGUACAAGAUUUCAUCAAACCUUACUGUUCCUGCAAGAUUAGUGAUAUCUGGAUGACUUUUGUGGCCAAACUUCUAGCUGCAGGAUACAUUGGUCUCACUCUGCUGGUAACUUUGAUUGUAUCUAACUUCCGAGGUGUUAUUGAAGCAGCCAAUGUCAUUAUUGGCAUGGUAGGGGGACCAAUUCUGGGCGUUUAUUCAUUAGGAAUGUUCAGCACGACAGCAAACGAACCUGGUACUUUGUUUGGCUUAUUAGCAGGUUUCGUCGUAUAUUUAUGGAUGGGAUUUGGCUCUUACAUGACGAAAGCUAAAGUCCCUACUUUAGUACGGAGUAUUUCAGGAUGUCCUAGAAAUUACAGUAUGGAAUAUUUCAAAGCCACGGUAUUAUCAAUUACUGCAGAUAACAGCACGCAAAUUCUUCCAGACACGGCAGAAGAAAAAUAUAUUUUCCCUGUUUACAAAUGGUCAUACAUGUGGUUAACUUUCUUUGCGACUAUCAUCGUAUUAAUUGUUGGUUAUAUAGCUAGCUAUAUUCUAAGUUGUUGGAUUGAUGUACCUGAUGUUAAACCAGAGAACGUGAGUCCUUUCGUCCGACGGAUCUAUUUCAAAACCUCAUCAAAUACUGAGAGGGCAAAAAUUGCCAGUGGUGAGGUGGAACUCAAUGAAAAGGGAGGCAAUAUAAAUCCUUCAUAUGUAGUGACAGACGAUACUUAA